CUCUCGUCUGGGAUUCCUCCUCGCGUCUCCGAGUCGUUCUCUCUCUUCGAGAGCGAAGACUGUAUACGUGUGUUUAAUUUCUGUGCACAUCUUUACGUCUCAUUAAUUAUUAUUUUUUGCUGAUAGAGGAGAGAUGAACGGGUCCAGGCCAGACCGCCCGUGGCUCCCACCGGCCGCAAUUUGCGAGGUCGGGGACUUCUUCCUCAACUGCUCCGUCGCCUCCUCGCCGGCCCAGGUCCGCGCCGUCAUCCAGGGCCUCCUCACGCUCCUCAUCACCGCCACCGUCGCUGGCAACCUCCUCAUCAUCAUCGCCGUGGCCACUUCGCGCCAGCUGAGGACCCAGACCAACGCGUUCAUCGCCUCCAUGGCCGUGGCGGACUUGCUCGUGGGGCUGACGGUGAUGCCCUACAGCAUGAUGCGCUCCGUGCACCAAUGCUGGUCCACAUGGAACGCAACAUCGCCCAACGAUGUCCUCGCCAGGUACUACGGGCGCACGUUCUGCAAGGCGCACACGUGCCUGGAGUACGUGUUCACCACCGCCUCCAUCCUGCACCUGGGCGCCAUCGCCUUCGACCGCCACACGGCCAUCUGCGACCCGCUGCGCUACCGCCAGAGGAUCACGCCGCGCCGCGUGGCCCACCUCCUGGCCGCCUCGUGGCUGCUGCCGUUCCUCUACGUGCCGCCCGUGUCGCUGGGCUGGAACGUGGUCGGCGUGGAGGCGGCGGCACGUCGCCUCUCGUGCCCCGACAGCUGCGUGGUGCUCAAGAACGUGGGCUUCGCCCUCGUCGACACGUGCUGCGCUUUCUUCGCGCCCACCGCGCUCAUGCUCGUGGCCUACGCCAAGAUCUACCGGGUGGCGCGCAGGCAGGCGAGGCAGAUCGCCGCGUCGAGCACCGGCACCGCGUCGGUGGUGACCGCCAGCGUGAAGCAGCAGCAGCAGCAGCAAAACCACCUCCAAGAGCAGGGCAAUGAGCAGCAGGCGACGUUUAGGAGGACCAUGAAGCGCGAACACAGCGCCACCAAGACGCUGGCCAUCAUCCUGGGCGCCUUCAUAGUCUGCUGGUGCCCGUACUUCGUGGCGAGCGCCGUCGACCCGUUCGUGGGCUUCAGCACGGAGCCGGCGCUGCUGAGCGCCACGCUGUGGCUCUGCUACGCCAACUCGGCGCUCAACCCCGUGCUCUACGCCGCCUUCAACCGCCGCUUCAGGGCCGCCUUCAGCCGCAUCUUCUGCCGAGGGAAAGGGAACGCGGCGGUGGUGGUGAUGGUGGCCGCGGCGUGGAGGGACAGACGCCGGCCUCGACCUCCUCCGCCCGCGGCCCCGGAGGAAGAGAGCGACUCCUGAUGGAGACGGGGGUCCGGUGUCAGGAGGCCUGCUCAGGAAUGAGUUUCCGAUGGUCAACAUUUCGGAAUGUCGGAAUAAUUGCGUAUUGGGUCAUCUCAGUUUCGGAUAUGUUUCGGAUUUUCCCGAUUCGGAAAAAAAAACAGAUCCUUUUUUUCUUGUAUGUAUGUACGUUGAACUUCUUUCGCACGGUACGUAGCCAACCCUGUUAAUCGGAGGUGCGGGGUGAAGAACAACAAACUUGACGCAAAUAGGUGUGUGGGGUAAAACGUUGCGUGUGGUAAAAUGUUUUCAGGAGCUAGAGGCCAACGUCGAGGUCCUGCUGGCCACGACGAGAGGGCUUCAGGAGAGAGAUGAUUUAGUUUUGCUCUCCCUCCUUCUCCGUUGAAGGAGCCCAGAGUACAAUCGUUUUAUUAUAUGGGCCAUGGUUUGUGUUGCGUGGCCACCAUCGCCCGACUGUGGUUUUACCUUCAAUUUUCCGUCACGUAAACUGAUGUCAAAACUGUUUCUGUGCGACCUUUAGCGACGUCACCGAUGCCACGCGCCACAAACUUACAUCCAGAAAAAACGUGGUCGUGACUUCAUUUUCGUGACAUCACUCCCAGUUUUCCAAUCGAUGCAAAAAAGAACAACGUUCUUUGGAUCGUCCGAUAUUUAGUUAAAUUUAUGCCUGAUGCUGUAUUGGGAUUUUUUUUCCUAUUCAUCCCAAAAAUUCGGGAGCAUAUCCCGCGGGCCGACCCACACAUUGCUGAAGUGGAAUAACCUUGGGCAACAUCAACGCCUACUCACAGACCGGUGCUGAGUGACCCUUGUGAUGCACAGGGACAGCUGCCAUCAGGGUGUCCUCUAGGCUAAAAUAACAACACCCCCCUCCCCACCCAACUACAGUUGGGGUAUUAGAAUUAAUGAGAUGAGAAGUUCAAGAUUUGAAGCUUUCGUGACUGCAAGGAUCCAUACUCUUUGGUUCUAUUCGGUAAAGUCACGUAAAAGUAUAA